AAUCUGACGUAAACUGUACCUCUAAACGGACGUUUGUAAAUUAAACAAUAAUUUGUAUUUAAUGUUUUUGUUUGUAUCGUACUUCUAAUGCGUAUACGUAUCAAAGGCUCGAUGCAACAGUGUAUGGAAGUGUUUGUGAGUGAUGCAAAUGAAUUUUGUUAAAGUAUAUGCAAUAAAGGAGGCUUUUAAGGUCAUUGGAGGCUUGUCGUGACUAUUUUAUGUAAGCAUGCGGCGGUCCCGGUAGCAUGGCCGCCUUGUUGGCGCUGGCGUGGCUGGCGCUUGCGCGGGGGGCGGGUGCGGGUGCGGGUGCGGGGGCGGGGUGGUGCCCCCCCGCGUGCGCGUGCGCCAUCGUGGAGUGGGAGCAGGACUACCAGUGCGGGGGGGUGCACGUGCGAGCGCUCACCAAUGACUUCGCCAAGAUCACGUGCAAGGACGUGAAGGACUUGUGUGCGGAGAUGCCCACCAUCGGCAUAUCCAGCAACGACACGUUGAACAGCGUGAGCCUGUCCGGGUGUCCGGUGCCGGACGCGUUCGCGUGCCUCCUGCGGCGGCUCGGCGCCACCGACGCGCUGAAGGUCACGCUCAUGGCGCCCGCGGGGGCACUGACCUCGCGCCACGUGGAAGGCCUGAGGAAUACCACUAUGCUGGUGUUGAUGAAAGCUGCCGAUCAAACGAGAGUCCCCUACGAUGUCCUGACGGCACUCCCGGCACUCCGCGACUUUAGACUGCGCGGUGCUAAACUGCAGCUGCCGACUGACGAGUCCAGCGACUUGGACGAGUCCAGCGAGUUUCCCGCGCAUCCGUCGCUGCAGUUCGUCGAGUUGUCGUCAGAUCUGAUCGAGGAAGUGCCUCCGGCGGCGUUCACUAGACUGAGGGGAGUGCCGCAGCUACACUUGUGGGACAACAGGAUCAGCGGGAUUCACAAUGAUUCCUUUAUUGGUAUGGAGAGUCUAGAAGAGUUGGACCUGUCUCGGAACCCUCUGAAGUGGUUGUCCCCGGGCGUGUUCUCUCAUACACCAAAGCUGAAGGUCCUCACUCUGGUGGCCACAAAACUGGAGGAGAUACCCACGGGGGCCAUCACGGGACUGCAGGCGAUGGAAGAGAUUAUGAUAAAAUUCGGCAGUAAUCAGAUGACAUUCGGAGAUCGAGCUUUAGCCGAUUUACCCUCCCUCAAGAAGCUUACUAUAGAUCGCUGCAAGACUUCACCAUUACCUUCGGCCUUAUUACACGGCGAUGUGAAACUUCAAGAGCUGGUGGUGACCGGUUCUGGUGUUCAGGGGAUUCCGAAAGGAUUUUUCGACGGCCUCGUGAAUCUACAAGUGCUCGAUUUGAAGGAUAACGCGAUUAGAGUGCUCGAUAGUGAUGUAUUCCGGCCGCUUAGAGCGCUGCAGCGGCUUAAUUUGAACGGGAACCGAAUAGAAGUUUUGCCCGCACAACUAUUCGCCGGCUUAAGGAGACUGAUCUCGUUUUCGGCCGAUGCUAACCAGAUGAGGAGCAUCGCGGACGACGCCUUCCAGGGCGCUGUCAACUUGCAGACUCUGUCCUUAGCUCAGAACCGCCUCACUCUGUCCAAUCAGGAGACUGAAGACGCGGGGUACAUGCAGGUGGAACGCUACUCCCCCUUCAGCUCCCUGUCCCGCCUGCGCGUGCUGUCGCUGUCCCACAACCAGAUGGCGCGCGUGUGCCACGACUGGCAGUUCCUGCUCAUCCAGGAGCUGCGGGUACUGGAUCUGCGGUACAACAAUUACACCACACUCACGAGGGAGGACGUCCAAUUCCUGAACGCCAACAUUACAAUAGACAUGAGACAGAACAAGAUUGAAACCAUAGACGUAUCCGAAGCACCCACCUGGUUGUCUCUGGAGGAAACGCCCAAGAACACGUCCUCCGUCAUGUUGCUGGACGAGAACCCGUUCAAGUGCGACUGCCAACUGUACACCUUCGUCAGGAGACUGAGAGGAAGCAGACGAUUGGUCGCUGAACCCAAUUUAUAUCCAGGGAACGCGACGUGCUCAUCCCCCCCACAUCUCAAAGGAUAUCUAGUGAGGGAUCUGACUCCGGACUUGCUGAUUUGUCCGCUGAGAGACGAGGAUUGUCCAGAAAACUGUAUUUGCAACGUGCGUCCCGCCACCGAGUCUCUGGAACUGAAUUGUGAUGUGGAACCGAAGAAAUAUCCUGCGCCCGAUGAAUUCGGACUAACAAAGAUGUAUCUGACAUUACGCAGACCGCCAAAGAACUUGGAGACUCUACCAGAUUACGUCGUCUUCUUGAAUUUAAGCGGAACAGGGCUGACUGAAGUUUCUGGUGUACCAGAAUCGGUGAAACAAUUGGAUUUGUCCAAUAAUCUCUUGAGGCAUCCUCCUGCGGAGUUGAUCAGAGAUAUAUCUGUAUAUCUGCAAGGCAAUCCGUUCGUCUGCGAUUGCUCCCAUGUGGAAAGCGUGAAUCUUCUGCAAAUCAACAUGGUUAAGAUCCCGGAUUUCGGGAACGUCACUUGUAUCGGGGGCGAGUCGCCUUGGAGAAUUAAUACGGCGAGACUUUGCGAUGUCCAAAGGGCGAUUAUACUAGGCGGAGCCCUAGCGGCUUUCGGCGUUAUAAUAGCCGUCGCCGCAGCGUUGGCCUACAAGUAUUCCUUGCAGAUCAGAGUGUUUCUGUUCUCCAAAGGUUGGUGUCUGAAAAUGCUCAAAGAGGAAGAGCUCGACCACAACAUGGAAUACGAUGCGUUCGUCUCGUUUUCGCAAAAGGACGCCCGUUGGGUCGCCGAAGAAUUGGUGCCCAAGUUGGAGGGAGAGAGAAACCUCCGUCUGUGCGUUCACUAUCGGGAUUGGUUGGUGGGCGAUAUGAUACCGGCCCAGAUCGCGAGAUCGGUGGAACAGUCCAGAAGAACGAUCAUUGUCCUGUCGAAGAAUUUCCUGGAAUCCUCUUGGGCUCUUCUGGAGUUUCGCGCUGCACAUUUGAGGUCCCAACGCGAGAGGAAAGCGAGAGUCCUAGUCGUAGUGUUGGAAGAUUUGCCUUCGGAAAACGAUAUGGACGCCGAGUUGCGUGCGUAUUUGUCUACGAACACGUAUCUGAAAUGGGGGGACCCGUGGUUCUGGGAGAAGUUGAUAUACGCGUUGCCGCAUCGCCGUUCCAAACUUGUUCUGGACAAAUCCCGCGGGGGGGCGCUGCAGACGAGACUCACCGCCGACGGGAAGAUCUUCAACGGCUCCUUGAAAGUGGACGAUGAACUAACUAAAUAUUGAAACUGUUAUAUUCGUCUUAUUAUAAAACGAGGAGUAACUUCAGUACUUAUGCAAUUCUCAAUUUGCUCUUCUUUUUUUUAAUUAAUGGCUUAUCUUAAUGGCUUAUCUGCGAAUUUCACACAAUUCUGCCAAUGUCAAGUGGAUAAAUUAAUUAUUACAUGUAAAAAAUGGCGAAAACACCAGUAAAAAUUAGUCUGCCAAUGGUUUAAGUCAGACACUAACUAUCUAACUAUACUCCUCUUCGUUCACUGAAUAGUAUAGUGGCAAAAUUCAAAAACCAUUUUUUCGAAAAUACGCCACAUUAUUGUGGAAGCAUCCCAUAGAUAAUUU